CGUGAGGGGAAGCGCGCGGAGCCCCGCCGCGGCCGGGGGGCUGCGGGCGGCGGCGAGCGGAGGCGGGGCCGGGAGCCCGAGGAGAACCGACGGACGGGCGGGCGUGGCGGACGCUCGGGCCGCGGUCCAGCUGGAGUCGGGGCGCCCCGAGGGAGGCCCGCGAGAGCGGCAGCCCGCACCCGAGGCCGCGCGGGCGAGCCGCGCAGUGCGGAGCGGCCCGGCCCCGCUCCCUCCCAAGAGCCGGGAAAGCCGAGCUGGCCGCUCCCCGCUCGCGCUCAGUCAAUACGCGUUCGCCCUCCCCCGGGAAGACCGAAGGGAGCGCGUCCCCUGCCCCGUCCGCGGGCCGCGAGGCCGGCCCCGCGCGGCGCCAUGUCGGCCGGCAGCCGCGGGUUCCGGGAGCGCCGCGUGUGCGUCCUGCGCUGCAGGUUCUGCGCGCAGGUGCUCAGCGCCAGGGGCAUGAAGGCCGUGCUGCUGGCCGACACCGACGUGGACCUCUUCUCCACCGACAUCCCGCCCACCGAUGCAGUAGACUUCAUUGGAAGAUGCUAUUUCACUGAAAUCUGCAAAUGUAAACUGAAGGACAUCGCAUGUUUAAAAUGUGGGAACAUUGUAGGUUAUCAUGUGAUUGUUCCAUGUUGUUCCUGCCUUCUUUCCUGCAACAACGGACACUUCUGGAUGUUUCACAGCCAGGCAGUUUAUGACAUUAACAGACUAGACUCUACCGGUACAAACUUCCUACUUUGGGGCAACUUGCCAGAGAUAGAAGAGAAUACAGAUGAAGACAUGUUAGAUGUGUCAGCAGAGGAGUGUAUUAGAUGAAUGGAAUUAUGAUAUAUAUAUGAUAUUCAAACUUUUUCCUAUUUAGCAUAUAUAUUAAUAGAUCAACUUUAAAAUUGUUAGUAAGGAUUUGCCAGUGACUUCUCUUUUUGGAAAACAAAAAUGGGGCAUUUGUUGUUUUAUUUAUUUGCUGUCUCAUAUUAAUUACCUGAGUUUAAUCUGAGCCAAUGUAGUUCUCUUCUUUCACUUCUACUUCGUCCUGUCUCUCCAUCCCUCUGCCCAGUAUAGGUGUAUUCUAAAAAAUCAGAUAGAAGAAGAUUCUUUCACGUGUCACUCAGCUAUCUCCCAAUCUAGGGGAGUUUUUCUUACAUUAGAUGCCAGAUAUUAUUAAUUUUACAUUCUUGAAUAAGGGGCAUUAGUACCCACACUUGCAUGUAACCAUGCAUACAUAUGUGAAACUCAACUGGGAAUUAAAGCUCAACAGGGAAUUUUUAAAAAUGGGCUGUUAGUUUCCAUGAGUACUGCUUAUCAUAUAUCAUAUUGGUGAUAACUACUUUAAUAUGGAGCAACAUUUUGUGAAUCAGCAAAUAGAAAAAAUUAAAACUUGAAAAUGUAUACAGGAGUCCUCUUGAUUCCUCAACAUGGUGUUAGAUAAAUGAAUUUGUUGGGAAAUUAUCAAUAUAUACUAUUUAGCAAUAUUAUUUAUUUAACAUUCUUCUUAAGUCAUAUGGAUCUUGUAUUAUGAAAACCAAAUAAACCUCCAUCUUUCUUACCCCAUUCUCCUGGACGUUCUCUGUAAAUAGCAACUUUUGGAUGAGUAGUCUCAGUCCCAACCCUUAAAUAGAAGGGAAAAAACCUAAAGUGGUUCACUUAAGCCGCUGUACGUUAUAAAGAUUUUUGCUUUUGUAAAGCUGCAUUCAGAGCCACACAGGAAUAGGAAACUGGGAUAGUGGCGGAUUCUGGUUUUAUGUAAAGCUAAAAGCAAUGUAGCGCCUUAGCUAAGAUCUCAGCUGUAGGCAUUUUGUCAAUAGCAAUACCAAAGCAGACUGAG